UAUCUUCUUCCUCGACCUCGAUCUCUUUCGCUUUUAUUCGAUGGGUGAAUGGAAGCUCGAUGAGAUGCCUCUCCCGGCGCUGUUCGAAGAGACCUCGAAGAUCCGUCUCAUGGAUGUUCUACGUAAGGGGAUCCUGGCGCUGCGGCGCUGCGAUGAGAUGAUAAGUAAGUUGGGGUUGUUCUCGUCUAAUGAGACAAAGGAAGAUGUUAGCACUUAGCACGGUCAAUCUGAAGUAUUUGUUGCCAUCUACUUGCUGUGUCAAAGGAGUUCAUUUCAAUUUUUGAAGCCUUGGAGCUUGUUCCUGAAGAUGAGUUGGAAAGUUUUAGCCAAGGAGGGCCAGAUAAUUUUACAACACGAAGAGCAAAAAAGGUUGCCUGAUUCAAUCGGCAGAGAGCUGCAGAAGCAAAGCUGCAAGAGAUUAAAGAAAAAAAAGAAAGGCGUCAUAGGUCAUUGAGGGCAGCAGUUCUCUCUUCGCCAGUUGAAGUUGGGGAGGAUGAUGUACUUGAUGAUGAUGGAGAGGAAGAAAGAGAGGCGUGGAUUACAACAAUCUCCUUAUCUAUUUGUAAGACAUGGUAAAGAAAGAAGAAGAAAUGCUUUUCGAGGUGAAGGAGAGACAGUCAAAGGAUGUCUUGAGGGCAGGGCCCAGGUUUCCCAAGCACACGAACACAAACACCCACCCAUGAUUUUUGGACCUGCAAGUCCCGUAGGUGGAAGACUAACAAGUGAGAGAGAAAGAAUGCAAGUACAAGUCUUCCAACCUGGUCACAGACUACCAACAAUGAGUAAAGAGGAAGCUGGAUUGUGCGAAAUGGAGAUGAUGAAGAAAUGGCAUGAAAAGAAUGUGAGGAUUGCGGAAGAAGCAAACUCAUCAUGGCACAAGGAUAUCACUGCACCGACAGAUGUGGACGACGACACAGAGAUAAAUAAAGGCAAGAGCAUGGGACGACUGGAAAGAUGAAAAUCCUCGUGGUGCUGGCAACAAGAAAUUAACCCCUUGCGGGCAAUGGAUACCAGGCCUCCAUUGUAUGUUAAAAUUUUGGCAGAAACCAUAUUUAAAAUCAAAUUUUGUAAGAACUCAACGAUGAUUUCCAAAAGAUUUGACUCUAAAUAUUUUAGGUGAAAUUAAAUAAUUUGAUAGGAUAGUUCUUGAACAUAUUGCAAAAUA